GAGAGCAACGGGUUAAAGGAGGCUGCGCUGCAUUUCAUCAGACCGAGACUCUUGUUUCAGGGAACGAGAGUUUGAACUUGGUCCUAUCGUCUGCCUGUUCGCUCGCUGCACCACGCAUCACUAGUAGUCAACUGUUGUAGCGUACGUAGGCUGGCUGCUAUCGUUUCUCUUUCUGAGCCAAAGCAAGCGGAGAGGGAAGGUAUCCACCUACCACUGAGACACAUCUAAGCAUGGAUGCUCUGAAAUCAGCUGGAAGAGCGAUUAUCAAGAGUCCCGGAGUUCCGCGGCACACAUGGGGCACCUCCAAGCACGAAAAGCUGCCGGAGAACUGGACAGACACCAAGGAGACCCUAUUGGAAGGGAUGGUUUUCCAGGUCAAGUACCUGGGGAUGACUCUGGUGGGACAGCCUAAAGGAGAGGACAUGGCCGCUGCAGCUAUACACAGGAUAGUCUCUACGGCCCGGGCCAGUGCUAAGAAGUUCCGUAAGGUGACCCUGACCAUCUCUCCUAAAGGAAUCAUCAUCACAGACACAGAGACACUGGACCUCAUAGAGAACGUCUCCAUAUACAGAAUCUCUUACUGCACAGCAGAUAAAACUCAGGACAAGGUGUUUGCCUACGUUUCCCAGAGUCACUUCAAUGAGACACUUGAGUGCCACGCUUUCCUCUGCCACAAGAAGAAGAUCGCCCAGGCUGUGACGCUAACAGUAGCCCAGGCCUUCAAAGUAGCUCUGGACCUGUGGGAGAUUGCUCAGGAAGAUAAAAGUAAGAAGGCCAGGACGUGCUGCUCAUGUUCUGUCAGCGAUGGACAGACAGAGAUGACAAACACACACUGUGUCUCAGACUCAGAGAAGCACCAGCCCCUGGAGAAGGAAGAGAAACUGAGACGGCCAUUCUUCUCCAUGUCGUUCAGCUCGCCCCGCAACAAACCCACCCGGAAACGACCAAUCAAACACGACUCCUGGGACGUGGAGGACGGCCUCGAUGAUGCGUUCUCAAGGUUGGUGUUCAACGACUGGGUCAGUGUGAUCGGGUUGAGUAUUCAGGAGAACAUGACCUGGGAACAGCGUCUCUCAGGUUUACCUGACAACGUGCACUUCAAGGGGGUGUGUACUAGGUGGUGA